AUGGGUCGACUCAUCGUCUUUGGCAAUACACCACAAGCAGCAGUCGCAGCAGUCGCAGCAAUACCCGGCACACCGCCUCGUGGCGGAUCAUUCCAACUCGUAUUGUCGAUUUUCAGUGGGAACACGCAUGCACUGACAACGAAAGUCAAGCCGACCAAAACACUGCCUUUCUGGCAAAGCGCCAUGCAAAUGCUCUCGCUGAAUCUCGAGACACUGUCCUUGAGCACACUGUUCUCCCGUUUCGCAAGCCCGAGCAUCUGUCUGCGGACGCCAAUUCUCUCGCUUUGCAUCGCUCCGUUCCUGUUCUCGGAGUUGGCUGUCGACUACCGCGAGUUCCUGCGCUGGAUGAUGCGCGGGUACAAGAAAAAGCUAGGUCAUCCAUCGGAGAAGCUGUUUGGGGAUGUUGCUCGUACUGGAUGGUGGUCUGUGCUGUGGACAGAGGUUAUCUUCCCCGUCGCGAUGGCGAUCCCGUUUGUGAUUGCGUUUAUGUUCGUCAAGUCGUUCCCGGACCACAAUGGGGCGAUCCCCGCGAUCCCCCUCGUGCCCAUGCUGGUGAUCUCCCGCCAUACGAAGCAACAACGCGUCAGAAUGAGCUCUACUUGUCGCAAGCCCCGCGGGUCUUCAGCGAUGUCACGUGGAUCCGACUUGAAGACGAGGUACUGCCGUUGGGGGCUGUGGUUUCAUGAGGCUUCAAGGCAAUCGACACGACGAGACUCAACAACGCCCAUCAAUACCGCCCAACACCUCACGUUGAUCGACCACAUCCCGUCCUGUCACCGUGACUAUGCUGAAUCGGGCUUGAACGCAUCCUAGAUCCAGAAACGGCUUACUUCUGUCGGCGGUGUUUUGGUGCUCAUUCCGGUGCUCAAACCCGGGCGAUGGGUCAGCCGCCGACAUUCUCCCUACCUUUUGCUGACUACAAGCUACCACUGGACGUCGAGCCAUCCAUGGCCGGGGUCAGCACCCUAACAAUUAUCAUGCGCGACAUGCCGGGUAUGACCCCGCUUUCGGCAUCCGUGAGUCACUGGAUGCCGACACUGUAUCGACAUUUUGCGCCCCUGUACAUUCACCGAUGCUUCGCACAUGCCAUCUUCAACCACCCGAAUGAUCCUAUCGAGAGCCCUUCUGCGCCCUGUUUCCUGGCUGACUACCAGAAUGCAUGUGUUAUAGAUGCAUGCCCCAUCCGGGUUGAUCAUACUAUCUCCCGUUGUCACUCAUGCGACGCGAUCCAGAGGAGCUGCAGAUCGCAUGCGAGCAUGCAAGCUGUUCGAGGCCGGUGCCCAAAUUGCCUUGGAUCCAGAGCAGGCAAGUGCGCGAGUGGUGGGGGUCAUUAGGGCUUUCUCUCCGAUCUGCGUGACCGUGGCAAAGGUGUAUAGACGCGCGAAGACUAAAUUGACGGAGGGUCUCACGCGCAGGGGAAAGGAUCUCGUUGAACAUACCGAAUACAUGGAUUGUAGGCUAAAUCAAUGGAAAAUGACACCCUCUGUCGUGUUCCUCCCACACCCAGUCAUUCACGAGCAGGACAGACUCGGCAGGAAUGUUCUCGGGACGGAGCCCGUUCUGUAUACAUCCCCGGAGCGCUUGAGCACGGUCCCGGUGUGAUCUCUGCUGAUUGUCCGUCUGCACCUUCGACACAGCUGUGUCCACGACGCGUAGUGCAUCCGCAUCGUGCAUCCACCCCUUGACGACGGCCCAAAAAAGCACCGAGCUGAGUUGACUCCCAUCUGCAAAACAAUUCUCUGGAUAUUUGCGGAUGAAUGCAGAGACGGCGUUGGCGAAUCGCCGUUGCAAUUCGGGCGGAAUCACCCCGGUGAAUGCGUAUACCUUGUUAAGCGUGUCGAAGUCCAGCUCUCGCUCCGUUUGAUUUGGACUCCGGGCGGUGCACUGCUCGAGGAAAGUGGUCACAACACCCACACAUGCACACUCGUAAACUUGUUGUGCCGAUGGCCGCCGCGUCCGAUCAUUGUUGUCAAUGCCGAGCACGGAGCGGAACCAGUCCUCGUCGUCGAAUAUACCCAGCAAUUUCUCCCAUUCUGACAAAUCCCUCUUGAAACUAUUCAGCACGACGGACUGGACGAUGGCAGCCAAGCGGUGCGUGCGAAUGUCGGCUGCUUUUUCCCGCAGAAUACGGAGGACCAAGAGAUGGCUUUCGAGGUCCUUCGGACGCGCAUUAGACUCGCGCAAAUUCCGAUAAAUCAGUUGGAGGGCAUCGACGGAUUCCUGUUUUUGGGGAUCGUAUUGGCGCUUCAAGUUCCCGCAUAGAGCGUGGCACAGGAAUCGGGUGUAAUGAUGCUUUGAGUCGAAUUUUGGGUCAGAGGCGGCGAGGGACGGAUGUCGGAUAAGGAACGGCCCAAGGCCAUGCAGCCACAUGUAUGGAUAUUGUGAUGUCUGGGCAAACUGGCUGAUCAUCUGGCGGACAGCAAAGACAAUGUUGUCCGCGGGCUCGUCCGAUGUCAUUUUCAACGCUGAAUCGAUCAGCUCAUCGAGAGCGAAAUACAGAGUUCUGAAGCCGUCCCCUUCCGCAAACCGUAUUUGUGACUGAUCAAAAAGUGAAAUGGUCACAUCCCGUUGGAAGCUGGCAGCGCUGUGGGAAAGUGAUCGCAG